AUGGCAUUUAUGCUGCUGCUGUGUUCAUCCUUGGAACUGUGCCGUGCCGAGUGCACACCCGAGUACCGGAAGCUGUCCAGAAGUGGCAUCACACACACGGCCUGCAAACCACCCAACCCACGUUGUCGCAUCAUCGAACGUGGCUUGAGAGGAGGAGAAGCUGAAGAGAUUCUGCGAUUGCAUAAUGCAUAUCGAAGUCGGAUGGCGCUAGGCAUGGUGCUGGGAUUCAAGCCAGCUGAGAACAUGCAACAACUGUAUUGGGACGACAAGUUGGCUGAAGUUGCGCAAGCUCACGCGGACCAGUGCUCGGAAAAGCGGCACGCCGAACACGACAAGAAGCAGGCCAGGGCAACAGAAAGAUUUAGCCGCGUUGGCCAGAAUGUUGGCUGGCGUGGUGAGAGCAGGAAUCAGAGCAGCGCCACCUGGAGCCAGCGCAUCAAGAACUGGUUCGACGAGCACAAGAACUACCCGCCCGAGGACAUCGCGAGCUUCAAGAUCUUUCCCGGACCCGCCAGAACGGGCCACUUCACUCAGGGCUAA